AUGAGUCGUGAAGAGCUGCCUUUCGAGGUUAUCCAGACAUGGAAACCUGAGCAACUGAAAGAGUUCUGUCGCAAGCGGGACUUGAAGGUUUCAGGAACCAAAGCUGAACUUGUAGCCCGCGUAUUUGCCGCGGCAGAAAUGGGCAUUUCCAUCAAGCCAACUGCUCUGGAACGAAUUGCUACUACCGAAAAAGAGAAGGCAAAAUUACUCAUAAUGCCAAACGGGACCUCAGUUCCAGAUCCUUUGACACUGAAGGAUGGCUGGGUGAAGGAAAGCGAGAACAUGACUUCUUGGCCGCCGAUAUACCUGAGUGAUAUAACAUUGUUUUUGAUGAGUGAUCACCCAGGGAAGGAUGUUGACUUCCACAAACGCGUCCUAAAUGAAUACAAAGAAGGGAAGGCGUAUCGUUUGUUUGACUCUGGCUGGUUGAAAGAGAUAUCAUAUCAUAAAAUCACGGAUGACUCGGAAUAUUGCUUUUUAAAAGCAAAAUGCACUCAUUCCAUGAAAAUAUCGGAUACACCGCAUUCUGCAUGGAUUUGUGCGAACAAGAAUAAUGGCUUUAUAGUCAAUGCCUACUGUACAUGUGUUGCUGGGUUUGUAUUACCAAGACAGAUAAAAGUGAACAUAAAUUAGUAUUAAUUUGUAGGGUCAAACCCUAUUUUUCAUCUCAUUUCAUAGUUUCAUGUUACUGGUGUGAUGGUGCUAUAUGGUGGUAGGGACUCAACCAUGGAAUUAAAAAGGGUACAAGCUCCUUGAAACUAAGAGAGAGUCAUGGUAUAGUAUAAACCAACUAGUGGUCUAUUACAAAUCCUUCAUUCUGAUUGAGUGAGCAACUAAUGGCCUAUUAAUGAUAGGCCGUGCCUGGCAAAACCACCUGCUUUCUUGCAAUUUGAUUUUUUUUCAACACAAAAUAAUGGUAUCCACACUCACAAAACAGAUUAACUUGUUGGUCUAUACUAAAACAAUUAGAAUUUGCAUCUUUUUGUGGUAUUGGCCUCUGGCCCUGUGGUGCAUUUGUCAUAUAGCACAUUCUGACUUGAGGUCUAAUUAUUAAAUAAUUGGGAGAUGAAUUUCACAAAACUAGGAGCAGGGCAAUAUUAUUCUUGAGCCCCCCAACAGUGUUGAGGUUUUUAGAUGCUACAUGAUUAUUUUCAUUCCCUUUUUUAUAAUUUCAGAAUGAGCAGCUCUUGUAUUCACAUCACAGCAUUGCUGUUUAGAGUUGAGGCUGCUAAUAGAAGUGGAAUGACCAACCCAGCUUGCACAUCAAGACAAUGUGUGUGGAAUGUCCCAUCAGAAAAGACAGUUAUCAAGCCAACAAAGAUUGCUGACAUGAAUUGGAAGUCAUCAAAACUAAAUAAAGGUAACUAAGUAAGAUAUAGUAAACAUAGGACAUAGGAAUCACUGCUAUUGGAGAAAUGCUGAAAAAUGAAUAUGCUAAACUAUUUUGCAAACAAGGCUGAACUUCAUUCAUGCAGCAUCACGAUACAGUGUCCCUGUAAUAUUACCACAAAAUGUAGCAACCUCUGAGCCUAUGAUUACCUCAUGAUUUGAUCAGCUUUGUUUUUGUUUUCUUAAGAACCUACCAGACCAACUGUAGACAGCAGGCGUAGCCUCUUUCAGCCGGUAGAAAAAAAGAGGGCUCUGGAUGACAGUGAGAGAAGGAGAAGUUUCUACGAGAAUUUAAAGGAUACAUUUCCAGACUCCUGUUUUGUGUUGAUGGGUCAAGCUGAAUGCACACCAGAGCCACUACAACCAAUAUCCACUCCUAGAGAAAGUGACAUACUCUCCAGUGAUGAAAUUGAUGCUAUAGAGGAAAUAACUGUUGGUCCGACUGAAAAUGAGGCUUGGCACCAGCAAAGGGAGGGCAGAAUAACUGCCUCAAAUGUUUACAGGGCAUUGACUAAAGUAGAAUCAGUGAGUCAAGCUGAAUGCACACCAGAGCCACUGCAGCCAAUAUCUACUCCUAGAGAAAGUAACAUACUCUCCAGUGAUGAAAUUGAUGCUAUAGAGAAAAUAACUGUUGGCCAGGCUGGUAAUGAGGCUUGGCACCAGCAAAGGGAGGGCAGAAUAACUGCCUCAAACUUUUAUAGAGUAUUCACUAAAGUAGAAUCAAUGAAAGUCAAUGAAGAAAAUAGUGCCGAUAAACUUGUUGAUAGCUUAUUGGGAAAAGCUAAACCACCUACAAAUUUACCAGCUCUUAAAUAUGGCAGAGAUAUGGAGCCCAUUGCAGUUAAGGAAUUCAUCAAAUACUUCAAAAAACACCACAAGGAUGUUAGGUAUAGAGAAUGUGGUAUCUUUAUUGAUAAAACUAAACAGUACUUGGGAGCAUCCCCAGACUUACUGAUAGAGUGCUCUUGUUGUGGGGAAGCAGUAGUAGAGAUCAAGAACCCUUUUAGCAUUGCCAAUGAAAUUCCCUCAGCAGAUAAUCUGUCAUACUUAUGUAUGUGUAAUGGACAAGUAGCUUUAAAGCAGCAGCAUCAGUACUUUGCACAGGUCCAGGGUGAGAUGGCCAUAACAAAGAGGCAAUUGGGCUAUUUCUUUGUAUACACACAAAAGGGCUAUCACUUGGAAACAAUCAGAUUUAAUGCCACAUACUGGCAUAGGCUUGAAGAAAAUCUAACCUGGUUUUAUAGUAAUUGUCUUUCACCAGCCCUGAAACUACUGCGAAAAUAA